AUGGCUGUGGCCGCAGCAGCUGCGCUUCCGGUGGUUGAUCUGCGCUCAUUCGACUCGGUUGAGGGACUCGCGCAGGAGCUGAUGCGCGUGGGCAAGGACCCUGGCUUCUUCUAUGUCGUUGGCCACGGAUUGGGCGACGGCGUUGCAGCGGACAUGUUUGCGCUCGCGGAAACAUUUUUCGGCUCACCCCUGAAGGAGAAGUUACGCUUCGCUAAUGGGAGCGGUGACCUGGGUUACACGGGAAUGAGGGAAGAGACGUAG